AUGGAAAAAUUCUCUCAAUUCCGCGAUCGCGGCUCCGGCAUCUCCCCCUUCAUGCCCUCGCCCGCCCCCGACGCCUCCCUCCCCUCGCGCCUUUUCGGCCCUCUAAUCUUUCUCCUCCGCCUCCCCUUCUUCAUCCUCUACACAACCACCUACUUCCUGCUCCUCCCUCUCCUCCCCUCCCCGCUCCGCAAGCUCUUACUCUGGGGCAUCUUCGCCCUGACAGGAACCUGGUGGUCCGAUUUACAGUUAGACGGCGUCAAGCGCGGCUCGCUUUCCCAACAACCCCCUUCCCGAAUCCCGCGCGCGGGUACGGUGAUCGCCGCGAACUUCACUAGUCCUUUGGACGCGGUCUAUCUGGCUGCGGUGUGGGAUUGUGUGUUUGUGCAGAGUUUCCCCAACUCCCAGCAGGUCAGGAAACUGUCUCUUUGGCAGGCUGUUACCCUCGCGCUCAGCCCACGCCAGUUGACGUCUGCAGGAGACAACGAGAAAUUGACGACCAUCGCCCAACUACUCAAAGAAUACCCCACCCGCGCCAUCGCCGUCUUCCCGGAGUGCGCGACGACCAACGGAAAGGGUAUCCUGCCACUUUCGCCAUCGUUACUUACCGUUCCAAGCUCGGCGCAGAUUUUCCCGCUGAGUCUGCGGUAUACUCCCGUGGACGACACCACGCCUGUUCCCGGCGGUGUGAAGGUGUGGUGGGGGUUCUUGUGGAAGUUGUUGGCUAGGCCGACGCAUUGUAUUAGGAUUCGCAUUGGCGAGGGGGUGGUUAAUACCGUGGGGGCUGCUAAUGGUGUGUCGUCUUCGCAUGGUGAAGCUUCGGGUGCUGACCUCCGGAGAAGAGGGGGAGAGAAUGACGGAGAUUUGACGGCGGAGGAGCAGAGGGUUUUGGAUAAAGUCGCGGAAACGCUGGCGAGGUUGGGCAGGGCAAAGAGGGUCGGGUUGACGGUGGAGGAUAAGAAGAAUUUCGUGAAGGCUUGGGAGAAGAGGCGGAGGUAG